AUGGUCAUACAGUCAUUAUGUAAGAUGGUCAUACAGUCAUUAUGUAAGAUGGUCAUACAGUCAUUAUGUAAGAUGGUCAUACAGUCAUUAUGUAAGAUGGUCAUACAGUCAUUAUGUAAGAUGGUCAUACAGUCAUUAUGUAAGAUGGUCAUACAGUCAUUAUGUAAGAUGGUCAUACAGUCAUUAUGUAAGAUGGUCAUACAGUCAUUAUGUAAGAUGGUCAUACAGUCAUUAUGUAAGAUGGUCAUACAGUCAUUAUGUAAGAUGGUCAUACAGUCAUUAUGUAAGAUGGUCAUACAGUCAUUAUGUAAGAUGGUCAUACAGUCAUUAUGUAAGAUGGUCAUACAGUAA